AUGCUUUGCAAGAAACUCAUUUUGUGUCUCGUAAGACACAGUGGAAUGUUCUCUCCCUUCCUACUGGUUGCUGGUCUCCUGUUGAUGUUGUUGCUUCCUAUGUAUGCAUCCAAGGAUAUCUUUUUGGACGAGAAUAAUAUUAAAACCGUCCAGCCGCCGGCCUAUUUCAAUAAAUACAUUAUAGCAACAGCGUCAUCAGAGAUCCAAUGGAACCAACGCCUCGUACGCGGCCUCCGUUCACCAGGACCUGAUGUAAUUGCUGUGUAUGUGAACUCCGCCUACAGUGAAUCAGUGAAGCUUGGAAAUAUAAUUAUUCAACAUUUGCUCGACCGAAACGACCUGAGCUGUGAUGUAUGGUUCUACUUUGUCAAUGUUUCUGUUAAAUGGCCGAUUCCUGAGACCUACGUGAAAGCGGCUUUAGUUCUCAAUUUUUCAUCACUUCAGAAUCCUGUAGAAUGCGUUGACAUAUAUUCCAAACACGGUCUUCGACCAAAUCAAGAUUUGGCCAACCUCGCCAUCCUGUGGGCGGACUGGAAUUCCUUCCGCGUGUCACUUAUUUGUCAGACCGGAAGAUCACCUGAAUUUGCUGAAUACGGCCCGCUUGUUUACUAUAUUAAAUCUCUCGAGGAAUCGAUGCUCGUUGAUAAUUAUCCCCAACCCUGGCAUGCGAUUUCAACUAGGGGCAUUCAUACCAUUGCUCUUUCUUCCAACCCUGCGUAUGCUUAUUACGAUGAGGAUAAAGUAGAGCAAAAUUCAAAUGUGACUUUAAGGUAUGUCACCAUGACUCUUCAAAUAUUGUUGUCUAUAAGUAUACUGGAUGAAAAACUUCACCAUGCAACGUUUGGGUACAUUCCCACACGCUUCGACCGCUAUGUUAGCUUUGAUAUCGCCCAGCUCGUUAUUUUUCUCUUCAUUGCCUCCAUCACAUCUACGGCAUACCGUAUGCACCAACUUUCAAAUCACAACCACUAUCAUUUUGGAAUGUUCCUGACGUUGGCAAUGACUCCAAUUGCUGCUGCAAUGUACAAGUACGCUGGUUUGCCUGCGCUGGCGAUGGCUACUAUUUUCUUCGCUGAAGCUAUGAAGCGGAUGCCAGUGAUGCUAGCGUGGAUUAGCGCGAAUAUCGUUGGCCUUGUUCUCAUGAUUGGUCUCCAACCCUCUACGGGCAUCCUCGGUGGAGCAGCUGUGGCCUUGCAGUUAUUUUUCCUCCAUCCUAUGUGCUCUAAUUUUAUUUUAUUACCUGGCGUAGUUAUCUCGUGGGUCGCCUAUUUAUACUUUACAUGGUAUUUGGGCUUCCCCAUUUGGUCUACCAAGACCAUCAGCUCGAUUUUUGUUAGCGUUUUCUUAUACCCCAAUGCUGUGUGGGUAUCAAGUAGAUUUCUGCGUUUUUUGAAUGCAAAAGAAAAACGUAAUGGGAAAUCUUAA